UAAAUAUACAGUUAAUUCAACGAUGUAUUUGAAGUUAUAUACAUACCAGUUAAUUCUAAUCACAAUAUUGCGCAAUGUCUUUAAAUGUAUCUUUGUCCCUUUAUAUCCCCCCGUUCUAACAUAGAAUGUAAUCGAAUUUUCAGAGUACGCUAGCCAGACUGUGGCCAGCAACCAGGCCAAUUCUAUGUACGGCCAGGGGGACUUGACGAGAACCAAUUACCAGACCCCGAUCAUAUCACAAGAUCCCGAGGAAGAAUUUAAGAUGGAGUCUGAGAGGAACGACAGAGCAGAGGUUCGCGAGUCACUGAUUGAGUCGAUAUCGAAACUUCCGACCCAGUCUGUCAUCUCCAUCCAGCAAGUGAUCAGUUUUUACGCCGAGGCGACAGUGUAUGGAGAUGAGAUAAGCCAAGACAGUCAGGAAACUGUGAUGGAAGCGCUUGAGAACAUGACCCUCUUCAUGACUGACCCCGAAAGCGUGGACAAAGUGCCAUCAGAGGACCUGGAGGUUGCCAUGGAGAAUGGGAUUGCUGCCAUUGGCGGAAUCAUGGAUGCUGCAGGUAACAACGGUUACAGAGGUACCCUGAAAGAGUUGGAGGAGGCUGAAGAAGACGAGGAGUGGUUUGUCUACGACAGCUCCUUAAACGCUCUUGGAGGGGAAGAUGACAUGAGCUCAGCUGGGACCUUUGAUGAAGCUAUGAAGAUUCACACGGCUCGGAUACACAAGAUCAGGCAGGCAAAAACGGCAGAGAGGGUGAGGCAGAGGGUGAUCCGGACUUUGGACGCACAGGCUAAAGUCUUCUCACGCUACAGUGUACCCGGACAGACACUGCUUAUGAGAUCAGUGAAGAUGAAGGUGAUCAUGGAGAAGACUGACGUCCAGAGACUUAUCGGGAAAACUCUCAACCCGCCUGGAUCUACAGGAGGUGUCACACUUCCGGACAACGCUUUCAUUGGAGGGGACCCAGAGGAAACAGUGGUCGCUUCUGUGACUCAGUCAACCAACCACCCUCUGAAAUAUUCUGAUAAGGCCAAAGGUAUCUCUCCUUCAAGCAACUUCAUCUCUAUCAAUUUGUACGAUGACAAUAACUCCAAGAUGACGGUGAGUGGACUUGUAGAACCAGUGAAGAUCGUGGUACCGCUGGAUGCCAAUAUGCCGAAGCCCUCGUACAUUGAGAUGGAUCCCAUCAUCUCAAAGUGGACCAACCUGAUGCUUCUAGUGGCUAACAUCAACCGUUCACAGUCUGCUAUACAUCUCGAUUUCAAGGACAUAGAAGGCCGACAGUUUCUGUUGGUGGUGAAAAAAGGCAAACCAGCAAAAAUCGCUGUGGAUCGAGCCGAUGACGAAUGUGAUGCUGUCUAUUUGGUUCCUUCAUCGCUAUCCAGCACGGACCCAGACAGAUACCGCUUCUACCUGUCUAACAAUCAACUCGGAAACUUCGUUGGCCAGUUGUCCAUCGGCAUGCGGGAACUCAACACCACGGAGUAUGGCAUGGACAUCAGCGCUGGAUGUGCCUCCCUGCCACGGUAUGAGAACGGCUCGGAUUACUUCCAGGGCAACUUCUCGCUUAGGCAGUACGUGACGCAGUGUCUGGCCAUCAGUGACUCAGCCAAUGAUUGGUCCACUGACGGAUGCGAGGUCUCCAAAGAGACAAACGACUCUAACAACGUGUGUCUGUGCAAUCACUUGACCACGUUCGCCGGGGGCUGGGUGGUGGUGCCCAACACAAUCGACUGGAGCUACGUGUUUGCUAACGCUGACUUCUUGUCCAACCCGACCAUCUACAUCACAGUCAUGCUCACGGCCGUCCUCUACAUCACAGCUGCCAUCUACGCCCGUUAUAAGGACAAGAAGAUGACGGAACAGCUGGGUAUCGCUCCACUCGCCGACAACGACCCCAAAGACAAAUAUUUCUACGAGGUUUUGGUCUGCACUGGGAUGAGGAGAAACGCGGGCACUAACUCGCAGGUUUGCUUUAUUCUCUCGGGCGAAGACGAUGAAACAGACGUCCGCGCGUUCUCUGACAGCAAGAGAAAGAUCUUCAGACGUGGCCAGGUGGACGGCUUCCUUAUGGCUGUACCCAGGCAUGUUGACCGUGUGAUCCCUGUCGCUGGCCGUGAGCAGCUGUCAGAUUUCAGCUACCAGUUCGGAGAGAGGAGCAAGAAGAAUCUGGCUGACGGUCACCUCUGGUUCUCUGUGGUAGCCAGACCUCCCCAGUCUCGUUUCACAUGCCUGCAGGUACGUCUGAUAUAA